AUGCACUACCCUCCUCCACAGCAAUGGGCUCAACAUCCCGGUUACGGACAACAACAACAACAGCAGAUGCCAGCGCAUCACGGGCAACAGCAGCAACAAGGACAACAGCCACCUUCGAGUGGGCAAUCGACUGUGCUAGAAGCGCUCAUCAAUCAGCCACAAUAUCCGUCGGCUCCUCAUCAGGCAUGGUUUCGUGUGAGUCGUCAUCCUCAAAUGAUGAUGAGUGGUCCAAAUCCGCAAAUGGGAGCUGCAGGACAUGUGGCUGGAUCCAUGGAAUCACAACAUGACCAGCAACAGGUCUACAAUCAAAAACUGCGGAUGUUAAGACCGUACUGCGAGAAUCUCAAAUUGCGGGCUCAACAGUGCCGCAUGGAGGGCAAUAUGGAGGCCGCCCAGAAACUCGAGACAAUGCUCGGCGUGUUGGAAGGCAGGCGUGUCGUCAGCCUAGAGUACCUAUUGAAUCUCGAGAAUUGGAUUCAUAAAAAAGCUGACUUCUUGGCGGCAACCACGCAUAAUCCUCAUGCGGCGGCUAUGCAGAAUGGCCAUAUGGGUAUGGCUGGGCAAGGAAUGGUCGACGGGAUCAACGCAGUCCUGAAUGCGCCUUCUGAUCACCAUCCGGGCACGAUGUACGGCGGUCCGCAAGGAGGCUAUCCACCUCCACCAAUGCAUCAAGGCAACUAUCCAGCCAUGCAUCCGCAACAGAUGUGGCCACCUCAACAUAUGCAGCAAGGGAUGAUGAUGGGACCUCCGAUGAAUCAAUCCGCAGGUGGUGGUCCAAUGCAGACAUAUAGGGAAUCUCCAGUUGAGCAUCAUCGACCAUAUCCUGCUAUGCGACCACAAAUGCGACCUCCACCCGUUCUCCAGUCUAUGCAACAACAAAUGGAUCCCUCACGAAUGGGAGGCAGUUCCAUGGAUGCCAUGAUGAGCACGCCUCCAACGCCAGUAGGACUAGCUUCAAGCCAAGGUGCAAGAGGACCAUUGCCGCUCCCUUCGGGUCCUGCGACGUCAACUUCAACGACAAAUGUUAGUGGAUCUGGCGGAGGCAACGGAAGCGCUGGAAGUGCUGGAUCAGCCGAACAACCUGGUGUUGACGACCUCUAUAAUAUGGAUGACUUCCUCCCUACUCCCUUAGAAGCCGUCGGCAACAUGCAACCGCCAGGGAACAAGCCGUCGCUUCCCGAGGCAGCUCGACGCGAGUUGUCACAGUUGUCGGAUAGAUUCGAGUUUGAUAACAACACCGAAGGUUAUCAUGAUCCCCUCUCGGCUUUGGUGAAGUGCAAAAUAAAGGGUCAGCAGGUUCCGGCUCUCCGACUAGUCAUUCCACUGUCAUACCCAGCCGCUUCGGUGACGGUACAUCGAGCAGCGAUUGACUUAGAUGCGUUCUUUUACGACGACCUGCAGAACGUGGUUCACGAUCGGCUUGCACGUCCCGGUUUGCACUCAGUGACAGAUUUCCUCAAUACUUGGGAGAGCACAGUGCGCCAGUACACUUCUAAUCAGAACAACGUGAACACGACGAUAUCGCCGUUUGAGGAACUCUUCCAAAACUACGACAAUAUCAUCACCUAG